CUUGGCAAUUUCUUAAUAGCAAAAAAGAAUAAGAAAAUUCAUCUACUUCAUAACAAAAUCGCCCUCGCGAUCCUAUCUAUAUUUCACUUCACAACACUAAACCUACCCUGCACCCUUCAACCCUUAAACUGGUUUUCCAACCCUUCCCCUGUCCUCCCUGUACUUGUACCUUUCGAUUCACAUUCUCAACAGACAACAGUCAACUGAGAUUGAGAACCUUUACUUCUCCAGCAUUUCUCUAGUGUGACUGGUGUAAUCGUAAGCUGAGAAAUUGCCUUUCUUUCACGUUACUAUUCAAGUUUCAACUUGUUUUCAUUCGUUUAGUGACUGUUCAGAUCCAUACUCCCGUGUCGAGAGUCAAUUGUGUUUUUGGCUGGUGGCCUUUCAGGCUUUCAAGAAUUUCAUGUUCGUUACAAAAGAUUGCAUUAAGUUCCACGUUUAGGUCGAAUUGUUUGCACAGCUAUAUUCGUACAUUCUCCUGUAGGUCGAUUGAUAGUUUCACUCAACACAGAGAUGUCCGGGGUAACAACUGUGGUGAACGAAAUGUUUGCUGUGAACGAGUAUGAUCCGAUCAAAAACUCUCAUACAUUUUGUAUGGGUAUCGUGAUUACCUGGUUACUCCAAAAGGACUGCAAACUGAAUGAACGAAACUGGCAGUCAAAGGACUAUUUCAGAGUCACUUUCUAUGGACACAAGCUUAAUUUCUCCACUGUCAAAAGUUCAAUGGGCUCUCAUUUCAUUUUUAUGGCUGAUAAGUUUCCGAGAAAUACUCAUGGUGUAAAUUUUAUCAACAGCGAUAAAUUCUCUUUAUACAAACUGUUUCGCAGUAACAACAGAUCUGCAUUGUGCCGGGAACUUAAGCCUCAUCUGGACUAUUUAGAAGUACAAUGGUACAAAAACAUUUUACAUCAUCUUGAAGUAGGAACACGCCCUAAAGAUAUUUUUGAUCCAAGCAGUGAUUCAGAUUCUGAGGAGGAUUUCUAAUCGAUCAAAAGGAAGCAUACAGUUAGAUUAUGAAAACCCAACCUCAAAAAACCAACGUUGUGCUUUUCCAUCAAAGCUAAAAUUUUUUACAAAAUUAUCGUUCUUUAUAUUACAUAGCUCUAUUUGUUCAUCUAGGAAAAUUUUUUAUAAAUUGAAUUGUGCUUUUGAUUUCAAUAGAUUUUCUGUUCUCUUCUUCGAAAUAUUUAAAUGAAUUCCCGCAUACCUAUUAGCUUUUUUUUCUUGGAAGGAAUUACGCUGUUAAAUUGAGUGAAUUAUUCGUAUUAUUUUAUCAUGAUCAUGUUUUUUUUUCAAUUUAACACGAGCGAGUUAGUUUUCGUUUCGUUUUAUAAAAAAUGUGCGAUUGUGUUUUGUAAAAAAAUUAAAAAUUCACUUAUUUUUCUACAAAUUUUUAAUUUUUAAAAAUUUACUCAAAAUAAUCUAAAAUAUGAGCUUUUGCUUCUGAAAUUUUUGUUGCUUGAGGUUUCCAGUCAUGAUUUUUUUAUCUACCUACAACUGUUUAGUGACUGUUCAGAUUCAUACUCCCGUGUCGAGAGUCCAUAGUGUUUUUUGGCCGGUGGCCUUUCAGUCUUUCAAGAAUUUUAUGUUCGUUGCAAAAGAUUGCAUUACUUUCCACGUUUAGGUUGAAUUGUUUGCACAGCUAUAUUCGUACAUUCUCCUGUAGGUCGAUUGAUAGUUUCACUCAACACAGAGAUGUCUGGGGUAACAACUGUGGUGAACGAAAUGUUUGAUGUGAACGAGUAUGAUCCGAUCAAGAACGCCCAUACACUUUGUAUGGGUAUCUUGAUUACCUGGUUACUCCAAAAGGACUGCAAAUUGAAUGAACGAAACUGGCAGUCAAAGAAAACGUUUAAAGUCACUUUCAACGGACAAACGCUUUAUUUCUCUGCUCUCAAAAGUGCUGAUGGCGGGUCAGACUUUAUUCUAAGGGCUGAUGCAUUUCCGAGAAGUCCUCGUGCUCUAAGUUUUACCAACAAAGAGAAAUUCUCUUUAUACGAACUAUUUUUCAAUAACAAGAGAUCCGCAUUGUGCUGGGAACUUAUGCCUCAUCUUCACCAUAUCGAAGUACAAUGGUACAAAAACAUUUUACAUCAUCUCAAUGUAGGAACACGCCCUAAAGAUAUUUUUGAACCAAGCAGUGAUUCAGAAUCAGAUUCUGAGGAGGAUUUCUAAUAGAUCAAAAGGAAGCAUACAGUUAAGUACAUUAUGAAAACCGAACCUCAAAAAACCAAUGUUGUGCUUUUCCAUCAAGGCUGAAAAUUUUUACAAAAUCAUCAUUUUGUUCAUGUAGGAGAAUUUUUUAUAAAUUGAAUUGUGUUUCCGAUUUCAAUAGAUUUUCUGUUUUUUACUUUUUAUUUUAUUAUGAUUAUGUUUUUUUUAAAUUUAACACGAGCGAGUUAGUUUUCGUUUCGUUUGGUAAAAAAUGUGCGAAUGUGUUUUGUAAAAAAAAUUAAAAAAUUAAAAAUUCACUUCAUGAGUA